UAUUGAAUCAAUGGAUUUUGAAAAUGCUGCUAAUGAAAAUAAUCAAAAUCAAUUAUCUCAUCAACAUCAACAUCAUCAUCAUCAUUCUCAAAUGAAUGCAAAUUCAGCAUUACUAUUAGUUCGUUUUUUAAAGUGUUUAGAAAAAGCAGCUGUUGGAAUUGUUUAUUAUGUUGAUUGUACGGUUAAACAUGAACUUCUUCGUCGAAAAGAAGCUAAAUUAAUGCAAUAUAAAAAUAUGAGUCUAUGGGUUUUUUUAUUUAAAUUUGAAUUUUGGAAAAAAAAAUAA